AUGAAGCUGGUGAUUCGUGAGUUCCGACCGUCAGACGAGGCCUCGGUGUGUGACCUGUUCAGUUUGGGGAUUAAGGAGCACAUCGGUCCAUGUUUCUACAACGCCAUGAGCAGCCGUCUCCACCUCACCAUCACCUCCACCCUGUUUGCUGCUGGAUACUGCCUUGGAUCGUGGUUGGGGGCUGUUCUUUUACCGGGGCUGUGGGUCAGUGUCGUUUUCUACUGCUGCCACGAGAUCUAUGCAGGCUACGUGAGAAACAGACUCCAGACCGACAUGAGGGACAUUCCCGGGAGCUUCAUGAGCAGGCCUGGAGACUGCUUCUGGGUGGCUGAAGCCGAGGUGGAGGGUCGUGCUCAGAUCCUGGGGACCGUGGCCGUGGUGGAGAAAGAAGACGGUGGACAGAGGUUUGGUGAACUGUUCAGGAUGAUCAUCGCUCCUUCGUGCAGGCGCAUGGGCCUGGGCCGCAGACUCACACAGACUGUGGUGGACUUCUGUAAAGACAGAGGCUUCUCUAAGGUGGUGCUGGAGACCAGCUCCACCCAGGCUGCAGCUGUGGCUCUGUAUGAGACGGUGGGCUUCAGUCUGGUCACUACAAAGAGAAGAGCAGAGGCUCCACUGUUUCUGCCUCUGAUGGCCAGAGUCUCAGUGUUAAGAAUGGAAAAACAUGUAGAGCUUCACCUUUGA